AUGAGCAGAUUUGGUUCUCCGUCUGGUUCUCACGAAAGAGUCGACUCUAUUGGGCACAACGGCAUAGAAAUGCAAAAAUAUCACGACGAAGAAAUUACAGAGCAGGAGCGCGACGGCUUACUGGAUAACUCGGGCUCGUACCGUCGGCGCGAUGAUGCACCUCGUUCCAGACGAAUUGUGUCGCGUCGACGUAUCCCUCAUGCUCAGUGCACGUGCAUUGUUUUCCUCUUGUUAAUACUUUUAGCUUUGCUCUUCGCCGUAUUUGGUCCAUCUGAUAGACUUCGUUCUUAUAUACCUAAUAAACCCUCUGAUUCUCCAAAUGCGACUAUAGCAAUCGUAGAAGAUGUCUGUGGGUGCGGAACAAGCCCAUUUGGUUCGGCAUUGUGCACUACCUAUUCGGCACCAGCCUUGGAAAGGUCACGUCUAUAUACCGGGACUGGCGCGCGAACACGUCGGUUUCUGGAUGUUUCACAGCAGCGUCCAGUCAAGGUCGGCGUUCUUGGCGGGUCUGUGAGCGCUUGCCACGGCGUGGAUACGGAUUCAAUGGGGAAAAGCUGCUAUGCCCGACGGAUCGUAGAUUGGAUGAGAGAAAAAUUGUACGGUGGGAAGGAGGACGGAGUGAUAGCUGUGAAUGGUGCGAUCGGGGGUAUGGACUCGAGCUAUUACGCUUUUUGUGGAACACACCAUGUUCCUUUAGACGUGGACCUUUUGAUACUAGAGUUUGAUGUCAACGACCAACCCUAUUUAAAUUAUACUAUAUACUUUGACCAGUUGCUGAGAAUUGUUCUGGAGUUCCCGAAUAAGCCUGCGGUAUUGGUAGUUGGUGCUUGGGGUCCUCAGUUAUCUUUCGAUUAUGGCUAUAUGGAUCCAUCGGUCACACAUCUUCCGGCCGUACAAUACUACGACGUACCCUAUAUUUCUAUCAAACCCCUGCUUUACGUUCAUCAUCUCCGUUAUGCACACACUGUCGGAGAAACUUUCUGGACAAAGGAUUAUGUGCACCCAAACGCCGCUGGUCAUAAAGUCUUGGGGGAUUUGACUAUUGCCUACCUGGAGAAACAACUAUGUCUUCUCAACACUUUUGGCGUCCUGAAUGAAACACAUGUUGGGGGCGGAAGGGCAGAUGCUACCCUUGGGCAUGAACCCUCGAGCGGUGCGGGUGCCUUCAAUCUCGUUAGGCUACCUCCUUCACCCGAACUAGUUCAUAACCGAACGGAUGACGGAGAGACAACGGACAUCGCAUAUCCCCUCCUACCCGACCCUAAAGACCGUAUAUCGACCUUGCGACUGGAAACUCCAUAUACUGUUCCGCCAACGAUCAUCGGCCAGGCACUCAGUGAACUAUUUUCACCGUGGAAGCCUGACGCUCCCCUUCGCACCCCUCCCCCGCCACACCCUUUUUGUGCCGACGCCAAUGACGAAGCUCAUCCCCUCAUGCCAUCUGAUAAAUAUGGUGGAUCUCACGGAUGGGAAAAGCACAUAGCUCAUGGUGGUAAACAUUCGUACGCUACCGAUGAGGUAGGCGCGCGCAUCGUGGUCGAAGUCACAGUGGCCGAAGGCCGCGUGGCCGUGUUUUACUUCAGGAGCGAAACAUACAGCCCAGGUGUGGCUGAAUGCUGGGUCGAUGAUAACAGGAAGGGAGCCGUGAAGCUGUAUGGGCAUUGGGAGAAGAAGAUGAAUGUUCCCUCCGUCGCUUAUAUCGACUCUCUUGUUACGCCUGGCGACCACUACGUUACAUGCGAGGUCAUCGAAGAGACUGCAAACCCAAAAGCCGAAAAACCGCACCAUUUUCGGAUUAUUGCGGUUAUGGCUACGUAG